CCUUCAUCUACCUAACGGACUACAUCUUCAUCUGCUGUCUUCAUCCUGUCCUCAGCUUCACUUCUUCCUUCUCUCCAUUCUACCCAUCCUCCCUCUACUUCUUCGUCUCUGUUCCCUACCCUCCUUUCCUCCUCUGCUGCCUACCUUGUGUCAUGGUGGCAUCAACCUAAACCUUCAUCCCACUUCUUCCUUCCUUACUUCUCGUCUUUCAUUCUGCCACCUUUAUUUCUUGGCCUCCUCCGACGGCCAUACGGCUUGCAAGAGCAUUGAUUGCUCUUUAAUUGCCCGUCCAUUCCUUGUGCUCCUCCACCUAGCCUCCUCAACACUUUGCCUGACAUGGCAGCCGGCACAACUCCACGAAGGCAAAAAGGCCACUCACCUGCACCUCCACCCCGGAACGCAGUCUAUUCACAAGUCACCGUCCCUCCAUCCACAAGCCAAAACAAAAGCAAAAAGAAGAAAAAGAGUUAUGCAUCUGAAGGGGUUAAAGACAAUGAUAUUUUCCUCUUACCUGUCUCCGACUACCAGAUCAUGGGUCUCCUGACCCUUGUGGCUGUCGUCGUCAGAUUGUUCCGCAUCCAUCAACCGACCAGUGUCGUCUUUGAUGAAGUCCACUUUGGGGGGUUCGCAACCAAAUACAUCAAGGGCAAGUUCUUCAUGGACGUCCACCCUCCGCUGGCCAAACUCUUGAUUACGCUCGCUGGGUGGCUUGCUGGUUUCAAAGGCGACUUCGACUUCAAAGAUAUAGGCAAGGAUUACUUAGAACCCAAGGUUCCUUAUGUCUACAUGAGACUCUUGCCCGCCAUCCUCGGUGUGUUCACCAUCCCAACCAUAUUCUUGACCCUCAAGGCCGCCGGUUGCAAGACCUUUACUGCCAGUCUGGGUGCUGCAUUGUUGAUCUUUGAAAAUGGCCUCAUCACUCAGUCACGUCUGAUCUUGCUGGACUCGCCUUUGGUCAUUUGCACAGCUUUUACCGCCCUGGCGUGGACAGCAUUCACCAAUCAACACGAACUCGGCCCAGAAAGAGCCUUCGAUGCUAGUUGGUGGUUCUGGUUAGCAGCCACUGGGUUCGGCCUCGGUGCGACACUCAGUGUCAAGUGGGUCGGUCUUUUGACCAUCGCCUGGGUGGGCAGCUUAACCGCUCUUCAACUCUGGCUCCUGCUGGGAGACAAUGUCAAUGUGACCCCGAGAAAAUUGUUCAAGCAUAUCUUUGCCCGUGUCUUCUGCCUGAUCGUCAUCCCGCUGAGCUUCUACAUCGGCAUGUUUGGCAUCCACUUUUUGUGCCUGGUCAAUCCGGGCGAUGGUGAUGGCUUCAUGUCGUCCGAAUUCCAAGCGACGUUGAACAACAAAGGGAUGGCGGAUACCCCAGCGGAUGUUGCCUUUGGCAGCGAGGUCAGCAUACGCCAUCAUAAUACCCAAGGUGGCUACCUCCAUUCACACUCUCACAUGUACCCCACGGGCAGCAAGCAGCAACAGGUGACACUCUAUCCUCACAAGGAUGAGAACAAUGUCUUCCUCAUUGAAAAUCAAACCCAGCCAGUCACCCAUGACAACGUGACCAUCCCCGGGCCACGUGCCUGGAGCAACCUGACAACAGAGUUCAUCAAAAAUGGCGAUGUCAUCAAAUUGUAUCAUGUCAUGACACACCGCCGCAUCCACUCACACGACGUGCGGCCCCCAGUCACCGAGGCUGAGUGGCAGCAGGAAGUCACGGCCUAUGGCUACGAAGGUUUUGAUGGCGACGCCAACGACUUGUUCAGAGUAGAAAUUGUCCCCAAUCUCUCCGACGGUGAGGAGGCCAAGACGCGGCUGCGAACCAUCCAAAGUAAAUUCAAGUUGGUCCACGUCAUGACGGGCUGUGUCUUGUUCUCUCACAAGGUCAAAUUGCCGGAUUGGGGCUUUGAGCAACAAGAGGUCACCUGUGCCAAAGGAGGUACUCUACCCAACAGUGUCUGGUACAUUGAACAAAACUACCACCCGCAGUUUAAUGAAACUGCCGAGCGAGUCAACUACCGCAACCCGGGCUUCUUGGGCAAGUUCUGGGAACUCCAAAAGGUCAUGUGGAAGACCAAUGCCGGCCUUGUCGAAUCGCACGCCUGGGACUCGCGGCCUGGCUCAUGGCCACUGCUGCGUCGUGGCAUCAACUUUUGGGGCAAGGAUCAUCGCCAGAUCUAUCUGCUGGGAAACCCCGCCAUCUGGUGGCCGUCGUCCUUGGCCAUCCUGACCUAUGUCGCGUUCAAGGCCAUCGCGGUUCUUCGCUGGCAGCGCAGCUUCAACGACUACUCCAAUGUCAACUUCAAACGGUUCGACUAUGAGAUCGGUCAGACCGUGCUGGGCUGGGCAUUCCACUAUUUUCCCUUCUAUCUGAUGGCUCGCCAGUUGUUCUUGCAUCACUAUUUCCCAGCUCUCUAUUUUGCCAUCAUCGGUCUCAUGCAAAUAUUCGACUUUGUCUUUUUCCGUAUCCCAGCACUCCGACUGAGUAGCCACCCAGAAGUCGGGCGUGGCGUCGGAAUUGCCUUCUUGGCAUUUGCUGUUGGAGUUUUUGCGCUAUAUGCUCCGUUGGCAUAUGGAAACGCGUGGACUCAAGACCAAUGCCGUGCUGUCAAGUUGUUCGAUACCUGGGACUUUGACUGUAAUACUUUCCACACUGACUACUCCAAAUAUUCCACUUCCUCGGUGUCAGAGGCUACACAGACAGUCCCCGCCGCUCAGAUUCAGUCAGAUCGAAAGGACAAGCCUGUCAUCUCGAGCGAUCCGAUCGGAGUUCCAAGUGGACAACAGAUUUUAGGCGAAGAGGAGCAUGUCGAGUAUCGAGACCAAGACGGAAACUUGCUCGACGAGGCACAAGUCAAGUCACUCUUUGAGGCGGGUGAGGCAAGUUUCCAGACCAAAUACGAGACACGGACGAGACUGGUGGAUGAGUAUGGCAAUGAGGUGCAAUCCUCUGGGGUCGCACCAGAGCACCCCGACGUGCAAGGUCAAAACCCUGACACCAGAGGCCUUCCAGAAGAAAAGGGCCGCAAUCAACCGGCCGAAGCCAAUGCUGGAGGAUCUGUCAAGCACGCAGAAGAUGGCAAGGCCAAACCGGCAAGCGACGCCAGCGAGGCUACGAAAUAGACGUGUGACAGAUGGGGCAUGCCGUGAAAUGUUCGAGAUGAAUCUUUUGUGUUGGCGAGAGAUUGAAAAGUCGAAUUUCAAGUUCAUGAGAAGACAUGAGAUCUUGUAUUCUGCCUGUAUACCAAUAAAUCUAGUCUUACUAUUCUGAUCAAA